GCCAAGCAUCAUCAACAUCCAUUCAAAAUAUAUACAUAUAUACAUAAGAAUAACAAGCAAAUAACAGACUCCGACGCAAUUGAGCAAUUCGGCAAUUCUCGGCCAGAGAAAAAUAUGUGCAAUGUCAAAAUUUGUUUUCGAUAGUAUGCUGCCAAAGUACCCACAGUUUCAGCCAUUUAUCAGUUCGCACUUAACCACAACCUCCCCAAAUUCGUCAUCAGCAGCAGUUGCCGCCGCAUUUGCCGCCGCCGCCGCCUCUGCCUCUGCCUCCGUCUCUGCAUCAGCAUCCAACGCCGGAUCCUCGCCCGUGAUUCAUCCGGGGAACAGUGUUAACAGCAGCGGACAUCUUCAGACAUCCUCGUUGUCGCCCAGUUCCAGUGGACUGCAGCUUGGAAGCCAACUGAAUCAACAGCACUUGAGUCAAUCCUCCAACUCGCCGGUUUCCUCCUCAUCGCCGUCAUCGUCCACUCAACAACAUCACCAGCAACAACAGCAUCAACAACAACAACAGUCACAGUACUCAUCUCUGUCGGCUGCACUUCAUCUUCAGCAGCAGCAGCACAUCAACAAAUUAGCCGCCGCCGCAGCUGCAGUCAGUCAGUCACAGGGAUCCGUAUCCGUAUCCGGCCUUGGUGGCCACCAGUCCUUGGGCCACGCCCACCAGCAGCUGCUGCUUACGCCUCCCUCGGCGAACAACUCACAGACCGGUGACAGCAGCUCUUCGCCUUCGCCCGCGGCCAGCUCCCCAUUCGCCAUACCCACCAGCAAGAUGUAUCCUUACGUGUCAAAUCAUCCCAGCAGCCAUGGCGGCCUCUCCGGCAUGCCAGGCUUCUCUGGUCUCGAAGACAAAUCCUGCAGCAGGUACACAGACACAGUGAUGAACAGUUAUCAGUCGAUGAGCGUACCUGCCUCGGCAUCCGCCAGCUUUGCCCAGUUCUAUCAACAUGCAGCGGCUGCCUCGGCGGUUUCUGCGGCCAGCGCAGGAGCCAUCGGUGUGGACUCCCUCGGCAAUGCCUGCACACAGCCCGCAUCCGGAGUGGUACCGGGAGCCGGUGGUGCCGGCCAAGGUAUUGCGGAUCUGCCGCGUUAUCCCUGGAUGACGCUCACAGAUUGGAUGGGAAGUCCCUUUGAGCGUGUCGUUUGUGGCGAUUUUAAUGGGCCCAAUGGAUGUCCGCGUCGUCGUGGUCGACAGACAUACACCCGCUUCCAGACGCUGGAGCUGGAGAAGGAGUUCCACUUUAACCACUAUUUGACGCGGCGACGGCGCAUUGAGAUCGCACAUGCUCUCUGCCUGACCGAGCGCCAGAUCAAGAUCUGGUUCCAGAAUCGACGCAUGAAAUUGAAGAAGGAACUGCGAGCGGUUAAGGAGAUCAACGAACAGGCACGCCGCGAUCGUGAGGAGCAGGAGAAAAUGAAGGCUCAGGAGACGAUGAAAUCCGCCCAGCAGAAUAAGCAAGUGCAGCAGCAACAGCAGCAGCAACAACAACAGCAGCAACAGCAGCAACAACAGCAGCAGCAACAGCAGCACCAACAACAGCAGCAACAACAACAGGAUCAUCACUCGAUCAUCGCACACAAUCCGGGCCACUUGCACCACUCCGUUGUCGGUCAGAACGAUCUCAAGCUGGGACUAGGCAUGGGAGUCGGGGUUGGCGUCGGCGUCGGUGUCGGCGCUGGCCUUGGACCCGGCCUUGGGGCUGGUCUUGGUGGAAAUCUGGGCAUGAUGAGCGCUCUCGAUAAGAGCAAUCACGAUCUACUUAAGGCGGUCAGUAAGGUCAAUUCCUAAAUCAGCCACGUGGAGCGUCUCUUAGCCAUCAUCAACAUCAACAUCAUCAUCCAACAACCACCGUCAUCAUCGUCAUCGCUUGAUGCCUUGAGUUUGGCGUUUCUUCGUCUCUUCUGUGUAAUGCGAAAGGCAAAACAAAACAAAACAAAAGAAAACAAAACAAAACAAAAGUUGAUAACUUAAAUACGUAAAGUUUUACAUAGUAAAUAGUUGUUUAAGUCUAUUUCUAAAGGAUAUGCGUACAUACAUAUACAUACAUACAAUACAAAUGCAAGAUCAAUGACUGUGCACAGUGGGCCACAAGCGAUUUGUUUGGUUUGUUUGCUUACUGCAAUGCUUUAAUUCACAUUUUAUACAUAUAUACAUUUUGUUGAACUGAACCUUUUUAAGUUUUUAUUGCAUUUUAAUAUUUAGUUAGAGCAUGGUAUCUACAACAGUAGGCACUGUUGUCUAUUUGAUAGACAGUAGGGCUUAAAAGUAUGAUACUCUGCUGCUUUCAUUUUGUUAUACCUAUGCUUAAUUGAUUUUAAAUUUUCAUUACAUUACAAUUAGCUUAUGAGCCACUGUGCACAGCAUAGUAAAUAAUGAUAAAUAAUGCAUCCCUUGAUCUACAUAUAUAGAGAGUAUAGCGAUAAUUGCUUAAGUAGAGCUAUCGAGAGCCAAAACGCUGAGUGGAAAUGAGCGAUAUUUGAUAGUCAAAUAGUCAAAUAGUCAGAUAGUCAGAUACCCCCGUGACAUUGGCAUUGACCCAUUGACAAUGGCCACGUAAAAAAAAAAAAAAAAUAAAUAUGAAAAUGAAAAACUAUUUGCGACUGCUGUAGGAUUACUUACUUAUAUAAUACUAGUACGAGUAGUAUGGUAUAGAUACACGUUUAACUAUGUUUACGAUUAUUAUGGAUAUAUAUACAGCUAUAUAUAGUAAUAUAUAUAUAUAUAUACAGAUAUGAUACCCCAACUUAUACUUAUAGAGAUAUAGAUCGUACAUUUUGUACUCACAUAUUUAUUGGAAAUUUCUGUUUAUAUUUUCAAUCAAAAAAACUCUUCCAAUGUUUUUGUUUACGAUAUUGUGUUGUAUGUUUUGCUGUCAUUUGUUGUAUGCCAAUGCUUUGAAAUUUUGCUUAGACGAAUUAUAAAAUACAAUAGUUCCGUCAAUGCCAUAUUAAUAUUAGUUAUAAUACCAGCUAAAUGUAAAUGCAAAAUAAAAAGUAAGAAAAAGCGCAAAAAAAAAUUAAUAAUAAUAAAUAAUUAAAAUGUAAAAGAAAAAACCGAAAACAUUUCCCUAAUUAAAAGUUUAAGUGUAUUGUAAUAUGAAAAACGAAUGGUAUGCAACAUACCCAAAAGCAUAAUCACGAUUUCAAAUACGUAAUAAUAAUAAUAAUAAUAAUAACAAAUUACAUUAUAAUAAAAGCAACAACAAAACAAAGGUCGUUUUGCCAGUGACUAAAAUAAAAGAGAGAAAGAAAGAGGAAUCCGCAUUAUACUAUAGUGUGAAUGGGGUGUUAAUUGCUACAAAAAUUGUAAACUCCGAAAUACGUAUUAGCUUAAGGUUGCAACAACAGAAAAACAACUACAACAAGUGUUAAAGGAAAACAAAAUUAAAUAGAAUAAUAAAAAAUGAAAAGAUAUGAGAAACUACAAGAACCCCAUAUACGUAGAGUUUUAACUUCCCAAAAUCGAAAUUAAAAAAAAGAUGAGGAAUCAAAUUUACAUACAUAGCGUAAACAAUGGGAGAUGAGAAUAACAAGUUGAUUUAAACUAAUGAAACUAAAAUAAAGUAAAUAUAUUUAUUUAUUAUAAAUAAAAACAAAGCUAAGCAAAACGUACACACCCAUAUUUACAAAUGUAAAGAUGAAAAUCAAGUAAAAAUGAAACGGAUUAUCGAAAAAUAUAUUAAAUACAAAUCUUAUACAACUAUGAAAUUAUACAGAUAUUUAUAUAUAUACAAUAUAUGUUUGUAUAUAUAUAAAUUUGCAUAUGUGUGUGUAGUUAACAUAAAUUGCAGAGCCACAUUUUGACACAAGUCUGUCUCCAGUUCAAUUCUUUCUUGUUUGUAGGAAUAUUCCUUCCCCUCAUUGGUUUACGUGAUAUUAUUAAACUAAAUACGUUAAUUUCUUUUAGAACUUUGUUACUGUCGAACUUAUUGCCUUUUGUUUUGUUUCCAAAUUGAUAUGAAUUUUUGCGCCAAUUACAAUUAUUAUUGUUUGAAAAAAAUGGAAAAUAAUUUCUCUUAAUUUUAGUUUAAGUUUAGCUUGUGACAAAUUGUGUAUUAUAUAAUUUUAUGCGAUUUUUUAAUGAAUGCGAAAACAAUUAAAAACAAAACCCUUA